AUGUCCAAUUUAUUAAACAAGUUUGCUGACAAAUUGCAUGGCAACGACCACGAUGAGCGUUACGAAGACGACAAUGACGACCAAACUAGACAACAACGUCAUGAAAAACAUCAACAGAGAGAAUUGAGGAAUCAAGGAUCCAAGGCUGAUCCUUACGGUGAGCAGAACCAAGGUAAUUUUCCUCAACACCAGCAACCACAAUCUAAUCUAGGCGGUAACACGCAGCUUGGCGGUAACGAUUUCCAGCAACAAACUACUGACUACACCGCGGGCACCGGUGGUGGCGGUUACACUCAAACUUACCGCGAGACUAACACUCAAGGUCAGUUAGACGACGAUGAAGAUGAUGAUUUCUUGGCUUCAGGUCAACAGCAAAAACAAGGUCGUACAAGAGGUGCCCAAAGUAACCGCUACCAAUCCUCCAACAUGGGCAGCGGAAGACGCGACUUAUCCGGAUCAGGAAACGACCAAUAUGAUGACGAUAGCGGAAAUCAAGGCGUCUGGUAG